AUGAGUUCCAAUGAUCCCAAAUUUGGUGAUUGCUUAUUUGAGCUUACUAAUCUUACGAGUGCCAAAGGAGAUGUUGGAAUCAUUAGCAAUAUCAUUUCCGAAGUCAUUAGAAUCCAUAGAGAUGGACAUUGUUACAGUCAUACUUCUAAUGAAUUACCCUCUCUAGGAGUUGAUCCAUCACAUGAUGAUGAUGAUGAUGAACAUGGAUACUAUGAUGAGGAUGAUGAUAAUAGUGACCAUGAUCUUGAUGAUGCGAUGAGAUACUUUGGUCUUAUGGCUAAUCUUCGCGGCUACAUGGCUGGAGGAAAGGAAUGGGUCCUUGAUAGUGGAUGUACUGAUCAUAUGACCGGAGACAAAGAUAUGUUUCGUGAGCUUGCUAAAAACGGCGGCCCUCGAAAGUAUGUCACUUUUGGUGAUAACUCAAAGGGUAAGGUGGUUGGCCUCGGUAAGGUGGCCAUCUCACAUGAUAGCUCCAUACAAAAUGUCAUGCUCGUUGAAUCUCUUGGGUACAAUUUACUUUCAGUAUCUAGACUUGCUGAUUUCGAUUUCAAUGUCCUAUUUACUGAAGUAGACUGCCAAGUGUUUCAAAGAGACAAUCAUAAAAUGGUCUUUACCGGUAUACGUAGAGGUGAUCUUUACAUUGUUGAUUUCACUAAAAAGGCUCAACCUAGAACUUGCUUAAUUGCUAAAUCUUCUAAAGGCUGGUUGUGGCAUAGAAGGCUAGGUCAUGUGGGCAUGCGAAAUCUUGAUAAGCUUAUUAAAGGUGUAUCUGUGUUAUCUAACCUUGUUUACUCAGGUUCAUUCCUUCAUAAGCCAACUCAAGACCACAAGGUGUUGUUUAGUGUUCCUGAGAUCUUUAGGAUCUACAAUACUUCUACUGUUCUUCCUUUUAUCCUUUUUGGGAAAGAUGGUAAAGGCUGCCUCAUGAUGUAUCGCGCCAAGAGAGCUGCAUUGUCACCAAAGGUGAAGCGCCGUGUCGGCAAGUAUGAGCUCGGCCGCACCAUCGGGGAAGGGACCUUUGCAAAGGUCAGGUUCGCAAAGAACACUGAAACCAUGGAGCCUGUUGCUAUCAAAAUCCUCGACAAGGAGAAGGUUCAGAAGCUCAGAUUGGUUGAACAGAUUAGGCGCGAAAUUUGUACUAUGAAGUUAAUAAAGCAUCCUAAUGUUGUUCGACUGCACGAGGUGAUGGGAAGUAAAGCAAGAAUUUUCAUUGUUCUGGAAUACAUUACUGGAGGGGAACUCUUUGAUACCAUUUAUACCAAUGGAAGGCUGAAAGAAGAGGAAGCACGCAAAUACUUUCAACAGCUGAUAAACGCCGUUGACUAUUGCCACAGUAGGGGUGUGUAUCACAGAGAUUUGAAGUUAGAAAAUUUGUUGCUUGAUGCUGCUGGAAACCUCAAAGUGUCCGACUUCGGUUUAAGUGCUUUAACUGAGCAAGUGAAGGCUGACGGGUUGCUGCACACAACAUGCGGAACUCCGAACUAUGUUGCUCCUGAGGUGAUUGAGGAUAGAGGUUAUGAUGGUGCAGCUGCAGAUAUCUGGUCUUGCGGGGUAAUCCUUUUUAUUCUCCUUGCCGGGUUUUUACCUUUCGAGGAUGAAAACAUCAUCGCCCUUUAUAAAAAGAUCUCAGAAGCUCAAUUCACAUGCCCCUCUUGGUUUUCUACUGGAGCUAAGAAGUUGAUUACCAGAAUUUUGGACCCUAAUCCUGCAACUCGUAUCACCAUUCCUCAGAUACUGGAGGAUCCUUGGUUCAAAAAGGGAUUCAAGCCACCUGUUUUUGACGACAAGUAUGAAACUAGCUUCGAAGAUGUCUAUGCUGCAUUUGGAGACUCAGAGGACCAGCAUGUGAAAGAGGAGACUGAACAUAAGCCAACCUCAAUGAAUGCAUUUGAACUGAUUUCACUGAAUCAGGGAUUGAAUCUGGACAAUUUGUUCGAGGCAAAGGAGGAGCAUAAAAGAGAGACACGAUUCACGUCGCAAUGCCCUCCAAAAGAAAUCAUCAGCAAGAUUGCGGAAGCUGCAAGGCCACUUGGAUUUGACAUUCAGAAGAAAAACUACAAGAUGCGGAUGGAGAACCCGAAAGCAGGUAGAAAAGGCAAUCUCAAUGUUGCAACCGAGGUGUUUCAAGUAGCUCCAUCCCUACAUGUGGUUGAGCUGAAAAAGGCGAAGGGGGAUACUCUGGAAUUUCAAAUGUUCUACAGAUCUCUCUCGACCCAGCUCAAGGAUGUAGUUUGGAAGUGCGGCGGCGAGGCUCCGAUGAAACAGCGGGCGCGCAGCCAGCUGUGGAAGAGCCUAUCUAUGGCUUCGUUAGUUUGCUUAUUACAUAUUCAUGGUCCAGAGGGAGAUUAAAGCCAGAGGCGAAAGGCCGUAUUGUUGCAAGAUUGUAUUGGUAGGAGGUUAUAUUGAACAGCGCAAUGUGUUACUUUGUUCUCUACUCUACUUAGCAUUGUACUGUACUAGUAGUAGCUAUAGCCGGGGAGAUGUCUCUGUAGUAUGAGAUUCUGAAUAAAUAAAUAAACCGCUGAUCCUUGUCGGCGA